AUGGCGACUGGAGUCGACCCUGAGCAACAACAUGUCGCGGCUCAGCCAAAGGACCGACGGCUUUUCGGCUUCAAAGGACCGCACUACUCGAAUCCAAUGGUGCAGAUCGUCGUCGUUAGCAUCAUCUUGUUCCUGAACCCUGGUAUGUACAAUGCAUUAUCAGGCCUCGGAGGUGCUGGCCAAGUCGACGCCACUGCUCAAAACAAUGCCGGUAUCGCCCUACAUACAACCUUUGCGGUCAUCGGAUUCGUGGUGGGAAUUGCCCACAACUACCUAGGCACAAAGUGGACAAUGGCCAUUGGAGGUCUCGGGUACUGUGUCUACUCGGCCGCAUUCCUAUGCUACAACCACACUAAGAACCAGGGAUUCGUCAUCUUCUCCGGCGCCCUACUCGGCUUCUGUGCUGCGUUUCUGUGGUGCGCACAAGGUGUCGUGAUGAUGUCGUACCCUGUCGAAUCUCAGCGAGGUCGUGCCAUCUCCAUAACUUGGCUUUUAUUCAACCUGGGAGCGGUCAUCGGCGCUGCCGUCUCUCUAGGCGAGAACUGGAGUGUCAAGGCUGGCCACGUCACGGACGGAACUUACGUUGCGUUCAUCGUCCUCGAGGCCACUGGUGCCUUGCUCUGUUGUUUCUUGACUCCCAGCGACAAGAUCAUCCGGAAAGACGGAACAAGGGUACAAAAGAUCGUGCACCCUGGGCUGAAAUCUGAUAUUGUUGGCCUCUAUAAGACCCUGGUGACAGAUCCUUGGAUCGUCCUGCUCUUCCCAAUGUUCUUUGCAUCCAAUUAUUUCUACACCUAUCAGUUCAACGAUGUCAACGCAUAUUAUUUCUCCACCAGAACACGGGCAUUCAACAACGUCUUCUACUGGAUUGCGCAGAUCAUCGGUGCCGGUGUCUUCGGCCUUUUCCUCGAUUGGACACGAUUCACUCGACGCACUCGGACACUCAUGGCCUGGGCCAUUUUGUUUGUUCUCGUCAUGGCGAUCUGGGGAGGUGGCUACAAGUUCCUCCUAAAAACCAACCGUCAUGUCACGGGCCCUGAGAUGGAUCUUUUCGACACAGAUUACAUUUGGUAUCUCAUUCUCUACAUGUGCUACGGCCUCCUAGAUUCACUGUGGCAAGUCUUCUGCUAUUACACCAUGGGAGCCAUGACAAAUGACCCCUUCAAACUCGCCUACUAUGUUGGCUUUUACAAGUCAAUUCAAGCAGUUGGAGCAACGACCAUUUCCAAAUUGGAUGCGGAAAAAGUGUCUUUUCACAUCAAUUUUGGAACGAGCUGGGGCUUGAUGGCGGGCGCUAUGAUCGUUGCGUUGCCACUAUACUACUGGCGUCUGCAUAAUACCGAGGUUAUGGAGGCUGACCUGAUUACGCCUGGAGUCACAGUGGAACCAGACGAGAGCAUUGUGAGUGGCAAAGACAAAGCUGAAGGUAGCACAACGGUCAAUGAGAAGACUCCCCAGGCAGAAUGA